GCAACGGCGGCCACGUACUACAUGGGAGCGUCUACAGGUUGGCGUCGACAUGCAGUGGCGCGUUACUCUAGCGAUACCAUAAAAGGAGCUGUCAGCCUCUCCUACUGUCUGCACAAAUCGCCCGAUGCAGCGUCUGCGUCCGCGCUGCCACCUAUCGUGGCAAUGGAGGGAAUGUUUGGUCUGAAGGAGAACUUGACGGCCGUUUGCAGGGCACUGGCUGCUAAGACAGGCCGAAACGUGUUCGCGGUUGAUAUGCGCAACCAAGGUGACAGCCCCCACACAGAAGACAUGAAUUACGAGCUGACAACCGCCGACCUGGAGCUGUUCCUGAAAAAGCAUGGAAUGAGCAAGGCGACCUUCGUGGGUCACAGCUUGGCUGGUCGGAUGGUUAUGUACUUCGCCGUCACCAAGCCCUCUGCGGUGGAUCGCAUUGUUGUGGUGGACACAGGAUUGAUCCCCGGGCCGCCAGUCUUGUUCAACAAAUGGCUGCCUUGGCAGGCGAGCGCAAUGGAGCACAUCUUAUCCUUGCUGUCACCUGACAUGAACAUGGAGCAGGCACUUCAAGUGGGCGACCAAUAUCUCAGCGCAAAAGUGACCGAUCCAUUCAUCCGCAGCGUCCUCCUGGCCAACCUUCGCAAGGGACCUCAUUCGUACGAAUGGCGGAUCAAUAUCAAGGCACUCAGGAAGUUCCUACCGGUAAUGGCCGAUCCUCACUUCCUCGGCAAUGGACAUUCCGACGUAGACGCAUUGUUCGUCGCAGCCGACGAAUCUGCGUACCUCAGGGCCGACGACUUCAAAGACAUCAAGCGUGUGUUUCCCAACGCGCGCCUCGCUACGGUGAAAGGCGCCAACCACUGGGUGCACAACAAGACAGAAGAGUUCGUUGACCUGGUUAGAGACUUCAUGUCAGCACGUCGAACGGAAGCAUGAUGCAUAAACCAUCAGUGCAACGAACGGUUAUGCAACAUCGAAGAGGACAGACGCUGCGAUGAGUGAUCACAGCGUUCGAUAUGGAAACGAGUGUGUCGACAAAGUAAAUCAGGCAAAAUCUACGCCUCUUUUCAGCAAGAUGGCGAGAUGGCCAGUUGAAACUCUUCAAAGUGGGCCUCUUUUAAGCCAUGC